GUUUAGAUAUAGCUUUCAAUAUGAUGUAACUUUCAGGGUCUUCGUGCGGGCUUGCGGUGAAGUAGCCUGCAAAACUUGCGUGGCUUAGCUUGAAGAGCUAGAGUUCAACCCAUUACGCCACGUCACUAUCUCCUCUUCUCCCUCUUAUAAACCAAUUCUUCACUCUCAAUUCUGUAAUCUCUCUUCCAAAUCAACGAAAUAAGGAAAGAAAUGGAGGGUCUUAUUCCUUUUGUUUAUAGAGCCAUCAUGCAAAACAAGAAUGGAAAUGGAGGCCCUUUAGGGUCCUGGUUGAGUAAGUCGCCAUCGGCUUCGUACAUAAGGCUUCCAGGUGAUUCAGGCCGGUUUCAGGCUUCUGAUAUGAGUCUGUUUCAACCCGAUUUUGGCUUCUCAACAUCGACAACAUCAGCUCCAGCUUCUUCUUCUUCUACUACUACUACUACCGCACAGAUUAUCUUAUCAAACGGAGUUCAAUCUCCUGUUUGUCGCCUGACUUCUCGUCGAGUUGCUGCUUGAUCAUAUCCAAAAAUGGUUUACCAAGUUGCAGUGAAGGUUCUAAUAUAUCAAAGGUUAAGCUUUGUGUAUAUUUUGUAUUGGUUUGUGAUCUCUGGAAAAAUGUCUAUGUUUCCUGGCCGAAGGGCCUAAGUGUGUAAAUUAUGUUACUCUUUUAAUCUGUAAUAUUCUGGGUUCUUGAUUAGACCGAAAUUGUGCUGGAAACAAGAAAAGCUAGCCAAGAAAAAUGUCUAUGUUUCCCGGCCGAAGGGCCUAAGUGUGUAAAUUAUAUUACUCUUUUAAUCUGUAACAUUCUGGGUUCUUGAUUGGACCGAAAUUGUGCUGGAAACAAGAAAAGCUGGCCAA